AUGGUGGUGGACGAUGCGGCGGUGAAUCUGCUUGUGGCGCGCCGCACUCUCACUCGCAGCGGCGCCACCGUCGCCACCGCAGGCAGUGGGGAGGAGGCGCUGCGGCAAGUCAAGCUCGCUCUGGAGGACACUGCGGGGGCGGUGCAUGCACAUGUGGAUGUGGUGCUCAUGGACCUGCAGAUGCCCCUUAUGGACGGGUUCGCAGCCACAGCAGCCAUACGAGCACACGAGCAAGCCCUGCUUUGUCAUCCUGCAUCUCCACCAGAAGCCACAGCCAGAGCAGCAACGGCAGAUGCACAAUCAUGCACACAAGCAUCAGUCAACCCCGCCAUCCCUCGGCUCCUCAUAGUGGCUCUCACAGCAGAUGUGGAUGCUGAAAUCACUCGGCGCUGCCUUGCAAGUGGUUUUGAUGGCGUUUUGCAGAAGCCUGUCGACCCAAAGCUGCUGGCGCAACUGCUGCUCCGGCUUGGUUUCCCAAAGCUGUCCCCUGCUGCGAGCAGUGCUGCCACGCGGCUCUCCCCCUUUCAGAUCGCUCGUCGGCCGUCGCACACCGUCGCUCGUCCAUCGUCGCACGCCGUCGCUCGUCGCUCGUGGCGCGUCCUCCUUCUCCUGCUCCUUGCCCUCGCUCUCGCAACCCGCCUUGCUGCCGCGUCUGAUGACGAGGCCUCUCCUCCACCGCACGAUUCUGGGUCAUCAGAAGAAUCAACGGCGACCACUGUACCCGAGACGGAUGCAAAGCUAGACGCUGGUUCGGAUUCCAAGCCUGACGCUAGUUCUGACACUAAACCUUCCACCGAGCCUGCUUCCGAGCCUGCCCCUGCCAACAAUUUAUCAAAUUGUAGUUCAAACAACACCCCCCCAGUAUGGGUCUGCCCCUGCAAUUCCUCCUUCAACCCAUCACCCACCCAACCUCCUAGCACCUCCAUCCCCGCUAUAGACAUCGCCUUUAAGGGCGAGUUUGGACCCAGACUGUAA